AGCCGCCCCAGCCCAACGUCUCCGCCGGCGCCGCCAUGGCCGACGUGGAGGACGGCGAAGAGCCCUGCGCCCUGGCGUCUCACUCCGGGAGCGCGGGCUCCAAGCAGGCAGGCGACAAGAUGUUCUCGCUCAAGAAGUGGAACGCAGUGGCCAUGUGGAGCUGGGACGUGGAGUGCGACACGUGCGCCAUCUGCAGGGUGCAGGUGAUGGAUGCCUGCCUUAGAUGUCAAGCUGAAAACAAACAAGAGGAUUGUGUUGUGGUCUGGGGAGAAUGCAAUCACUCCUUCCACAACUGCUGCAUGUCCCUGUGGGUGAAGCAGAACAACCGCUGCCCUCUCUGCCAGCAGGACUGGGUGGUCCAAAGAAUCGGCAAGUGAGCUGGUGCGAGGCUUGCUUGGUGCUUGGUCGCAGCCUGGUGGGUUUUUUCAGCACACGCCCUACAAAGGCCAGAGCUCUCCCAAUAGAAGGGGACGCCUCCAGUCAUUAGAAUACAUCAAAGGCUCGGCUUAGCAUUUUGUCCGGUCUUACUUCCAGAACUUCUACAAUGAAGAUAAUUUAUAAAGUUGUUCUUCCCUACCUCUGUGGUUAUGUGCCACACACGCCGCUUUUAAGUGUUAAAACGGAGGAGAGAGCUACAAAGUGAACUUUUAUAACUUACUGAUAUUGGAGGGAUUGUGAAAGCUAUGUCCUUCAGAAGAUUAAAAGACAAUGUUAAUGGUAACAGACGAUGGAGCUUAAAGCCCAACUUUCAUCUGAAAUAUGUUCCUGAUGUUUACUUUUAUUGGGAAGAAGGGAGACCCAUGAAAUCUUUACUUGAUAUAAUGAGAAUUCUAAAUUUGAACCAGUAAACAGGGUCAAUAAAAUUUCACCUUUUUAGUUUUGGGAUCUUGGUGGUCAAAUGUUUAGCUCAUCAUUCUCCAUCUGUGACUCAUAGAGAAAACUUACACGUAUACUCACCUCCCUGUUCAAUCCUGUGGCACAGGACAGACGUGUGUUCCCAUUCUGGCCCAGUUAUGUUGUAACUUAGCUGUGUUUCAGGUGUAGUGGUAGUAAGCAAGAAAGUUUCACCACUGUAGUGUUGUGUCAAAAAGUUUUAUUUCAUCACACAGUGUUUUAAUAUAUGGCUUAGUGUGUAUUUCAUCUGAAUUGUUGGAGAUUUGCGCAUAACAUUUAAACUCAAUAAACUAAAUUUCUAAAUAGAA